AUGAUGGCUUGUGAAAAGAGCAAGAUACUCAUAAUCGGAGCCACAGGUUACCUUGGCAAAUACAUGUUGAAGGCAAGCGUCUCUUUGGGACAUCCAACCUAUGCCUAUGUGCGACCAAUCAAACCCAAAACCGAUUCUUCCAAGCUUCUUCUGCACAAAGAAUUUGAAGCCAUGGGAGCUACCAUCGUCCAAGGUGAACUGGAUGAUCAUGAAAAGCUAGUCAAAGCGGUCGAGCAAGUUGACGUUGUAAUAUCCACGGUGGCUGUCCCUCAACAUCUUGAACAGCUGAAACUAAUCAAAGCCAUUAAAGAUGCUGGAAAUAUAAAGAGAUUUAUUCCGUCAGAAUUUGGAAAUGAAGUUGACAGAGUAAGUGGGCUGCCGCCUUUCGAGGCUUUACUUGAUAACAAAAGGAAGAUCAGAAGGGCGAUCGAAGCAGCAGGAAUUCCAUAUACUUAUGUGUCUGCAAACUCAUUUGGUGCAUAUUUUGUUGAUUAUUUGCUUCAUCCUCGUGAAAAAACAAACCACCAAGUCACUGUUUAUGGCACAGGUGAAGCCAAAGCCGUGUUGAACUAUGAGGAAGAUGUUGCUACCUACACAAUAAAAGCAGCAACAGAUCCAAGGGUUGCCAACCGUGUCAUCGUUUAUAGGCCACAAGGAAACAUUGUGUCCCAGUUGGAUUUGAUUUCUUCUUGGGAGAAGAAGACAGGAUGCACUUUUACAAGGAGCUAUGUCUCAGAAGAAGAAAUACUCAAGCUCUCUGAGACCCUCCCUUCCCCAGACAACGUAAGGGUGUCAAUUCUGCACAACAUAUUCAUUAAAGGGGAUCAAAUGAGUUUUGAACUAACAGAAAAUGACCUAGAGGCCUCCGAGUUAUAUCCUGAUUACAACUACACUUCCAUUGAUAGCUUCCUCGACAUUUGCCUGGUGGAUCCUCCCAAGCCAAAAUUAGCAGCAUUUGAAUGA